AUGGAACGUGUGGACGCGAUCACAGAUUAUCUUUAUCUAGGAGGAAUAGCUGGCGUUAAAAAAGAUUUUCUACUGGAAAACGGCAUUAACUUAAUUAUCAAUGGUAUUUACAUUUUUAAAAGUGAUCAAGAAUGUUCCUCCAUAUUUGUCUUUUCAUUUUCUUGGAAGUCCCUAGAAUUUAUGCAUCAUAGAUUUAGAAACAAACAUGUGUAUUAAUUUAUGUUUCAACUUACUCUCUCUCCAAGAAACUUCCCUCUCUAUUAAACACAGGAGAGUGGUGUAUUCCUCUGUUAGGGGCUGUUUAGCCCGCUUGGCAAGAUAGCCCGGCAAACAGGAUGAAUUUCUCUUGUAUUUAUAUGAGAAAGUUUCAUUCUGCUUGCUUGUUUUGAUAGUUGCUAAAAAUAGAUUGUGGCGGCAUCUUUAAACUUUCAUCCCGACAACCGGGUCAGCCUGCUUGCGACUGUUUACAGUAUAUGGAGAAAAAUAUAAAAAUGGGCACAUUGAGAUCUCGAUUACCUGGCUGUCUCACUCAUAGAUACAGUAUCUUAUAUACACUAGAUAGUGCAUCUAAUUAUUCUGCAAUUCAAAAAUUGAAGCCGUGAUUGCAGACUCAGGAUAUUCCCACGAAAUGAGAAGACUCGUAUGUUUUCUAUUUCUUAAACAGGGAACUUAAACAUUAAGUUAAACCUUUUCCAAAUACAUUUUCAAACUAUUGAAAUGAUGAAAGUUAUUGUUGUUUUUUAAGCGUUUAUUAGCAAGUGGGAACGACCAACAUGGCCGUCAUCUAUUCAAAUGGGGGUAAAUGCUGGAAUAUUCUUGGCUUCAAUUUUACUAAAAGAGAUGCGCUAUCUAGUUUAUAUAAGAUAUCUAUGGUCUCACUAAGCAGGCUAUCCCAGCUUCCAUAUAAAUAGCCCCUUAGGCAUGAAGAAUAAAAAAUUCAAUUUCAGAGUUACCAUUGUUUUAUAUUUUGUAAAAAUACUCAAUUGUUACCAUGAUUUUUAGCAUAACACUACUUUAAUAUUCCAGCUACUAUGGAAAUGCCAGAUUAUGAUUCUCAUGGGAUUGAAAAAUUCAGAAUAAAAAUUGGCGAUAUGCCAGGAGCGAAAAUCGAUGAACAUUUCGACAAAGUGUCAGAUCUCAUUGGUGAGCUUGAGGAUUUUACGUUUUUCUGACAAAUUUCCAACAAGCACGACCAUAGCUGUGCUGCAAAUGUUUUCUUUGCAUUAACAGAAGGAAGACGACAGCAAAAUCAAAAGGUCUUUGUCCAUUGUGUGGCAGGCAUAAGCAGGUAUAAAAUUGUUAACCCAUUGAGCACUAGCACUCUCCUCUUGACGAGUGAAAUCAUCUGGCGUUAGACACUGGAGUAAAAUUAGAAGUAAGGCACAUUGGGGUGCAACUUAAUGGAUUAAGCUGUUAAACCACACUGGUAUUUUACUCUUUCUAAUGCCAAAUGAUUUUCCUUGUCACAGAAAAAUGUUGGCCCUUACCCAUUGCACUAACAACAUUGCUAUAAACUUUAAUGAACAUGAACUUAUGUCGUUCAGAUCAUCAACUCUCGUCCUUGCAUAUUUAAUGAAAUACCAAAACCUAAGUCUUGUGGAAGCACAUUAUCUGGUGAAAUCAAAAAGGAAAAUGAUCAGACCGAAUAAUGGCUUCUGGACACAGCUAAUUGAAUACGAGAAAAAAUUGUUUGGAAAAAAUACUGUGACGAUGGUCCCUACACGUUUAGGUAAUAACACAAAUUACCCUACCUUCAGCAGCCGGCUGAACUCUGCAAGGGGUGUGUGCUGACCAUAUGUGACACACACACUCCUGACUGAAAAGUUUGACAAUUGCGCACCCAAGAUUUAACAAAAUUAAUACCGUAGUAACUAUGUAGAAAGUAUCAACAUUGUGCGCCCGAUAUCUCGGUUGUGUGACACAAACUUUCCAUCAAGAAUUCACCAUAUCACCAUAUUGCUAUUUAGGAAUGAUGCCACAUAUCUAUGAAGCAGAAGUUCGCAACAUGAUAUGGUGA